UACAACCACAAUAAUAUUACACGACCCUCCGAUACUCCUGUUAAGCAUCCAUGUAACCAACUACCGAAAGAUUGUCACCAUGCCACUGACAAAUUAUGAAAAGCAAAGGAGAAGGAGUAUUAUGAGGAGGUCACUGGUCAUCUACUGAAGAUGGAUCCAAUGGAUAAAUAUGGGACAUAUGAAAGCAGUGGUCAACCAGAAGAGCUUUUUGUAUGUUAAACCAUAUUUUAUGCAUUCUUCAAAGAUCACUCACUACAUUGGAGUGAGGUUAAAGAGGAGGCUGAAGAAUGUCCGAUUUCAGCUGUCUCGUUAGGAGUUGAAACAUCCCAGGUUUGUCCAAAGGAGGACCCUGAUGAACAAGAUCCCUCAUUUGAAACAGUUUCAGACAUCUAUGGAGUUACAGAGCAAGAGCAUGGACAUAAAGGCAUGACAUAUCUCAAAGUAAAGGUGCCGCCUUCUCCAGUCGCAGUCAAAGAGGAGUCUGAAGAAUGCUCCCAUCUGCCAGUAGAUGAAGAGGAAGUUGCCUUAAUUACAGUGAAGAAAGAAGAGAAUGAAGACUGGUUGAAGUCAGAAGAUGAGGAUGUUGUAAAAGUGUCAGUGCCUUGGGAACCGUUGGAAACAUCAUCAUGCUCAGAUACAGAGGACAGUGAGAUGGAAAGUGAUAAUGUGAAAGACUGUGAAAACCAUGAGAGUGACAUUUCACGAGGUUCAAUGAUUGAAGAUUGUAGCAGGAUUGAUCCAGGGAUGACGCCAGAUACAGAUGUGAAAACUAAUGCUGUCGAUUUCAGUGAAUCUAAAGGGGGGUCCUCCUUCUACCCAUGCCCCCAUUGUACACUUGGUUUCACCAUAGAACGUUUUUUCCAUGGGCAUCUCAAGAGGGCCCACCCUGAAGAGUACAUCGCUCUGCUGAAGUCUGGGGAAAUAAUAGCAACAAAAAAAAAGUGUUCACAGCUGCCCCCAGCCACAUGCCCGCAAUGUGGCAAGAGCUUCUCCAAUAAAUAUGUUAUGGAAAAGCAUCAGAGGAGUCACACAGGAGAGAAGCCAUAUCACUGUGCAGACUGUGGGAAGAGCUACGUCUUUGCUGAUUCACUCAAAAAACAUACAAAAAGAUGUGGGAAAGGAUUCCGAAGACAAACCCAACUGACCAGCCAUGAAACGAUCCCCACAGGAGAGAGACCAUAUAAAUGCUCUCAGUGUGGAAAAGGAUACCGAACACCAGCCAGUCUAAAAGCACACCAGAAAACCCACCCAGGAGAAAAGCCUUAUCAGUGCUCUCAGUGUGACAAAUGUUUUGGCUUUUCCAGAGACCUUAAGAGACACAGAUGGACUCACACUAGUGAGAGACCAUAUACAUGCUUUGAGUGUGGCAAAGGAUUCGUCGAACAAACCCAACUGACUAGCCAUGAGCUUAUUCACACAGGAGAGAGACCGUAUAAAUGCUCUCAGUGUGCAAAAGGAUACCGAAGACCAGCCCAUCUAAAAAGACAUAAAAUGACCCACACCUAAUGAUUGCCUCCGGGGUAAGAAAUCAUUCUACUGGCUGGAAGAUUUGAUAACUUGGAACUUUGAUAUGCCUGUAGAGUAUAUUAACUCUGGAACUUUGAUAUUCCCGUAGUAUAUAUGUUAUGUAAAGUUCAACAAUAUAUAGAAAAAAUUGCUACAUCGAAAAUUAUAUAUAUUCAAUAUUUAUGUUUUCAAAUAUUUAUAAAUUAACAGGUUUGCUGUGUCUGUCAGCGUACUGUCCAGAACAUGGAGGCGCUACCAGGAGACAGGCCAGUACAUCAGGAGACGUGGAGUAGGCCGUAGGAGGGCAACAACCCAGCAGCAGGACCGCUA